AAAAAAAAAUUGGUCUUUGUUUAGGCUCUCUUCAUGAUCUUCCAAACAAUACAAUUAAAUUAGUAAUUUGACACGUUGUAUAAUCAAGAAAUUAGUGAGUUCUUGUUUUGUUUUGUUCUUCUUAACAUAGAGAGACAGAGACCAGUCAGUCUUGUUAUUUCUCACCUUUAGCUUUAGAGAUAAACUCUGAUUUGUUCUCCUAUCUGUUCUGAGAUCGUCUUCUUCUUAUUCUCAAGAUAUCAAGCUAUGAUUUUGAAGACUACCCAUUUAUUCAGCUCUUUCCCUUAUGUUUCAAGAUUCAAUUAGGUUGUUUUUUUCUCUCUUUCUCAUCCGCCAUUUUCGUUGACUUUAUGAAGCAUUUCUCAAAGGUGGUCUUUUUUUCUUUCUCAGUUUGACUCUGUUCUUCACAUUGAUUCAUUGGAAACAUUGAAUUCGUAAAGUUCGGAUCUUUUCUUCAGGGCUUGAUUAGUUUCAUCUAUGAUCUUGUCUGUAUUGUUCAUACCUCAAAAAAAAAACCACAGACACGUUUUGAUCCAAUUACUGUUCGAUUGAUUCUUGUCAUUGGGUUUAGAUUUAGGGGUUUUGUAUCCCUGAGGGUUUGAAGGUUAAAAAAGAGACUUUGAGUGAUAUAUUCUGGAGGGGAAGACAAUGGCUGCAACUGCAAUGGAGCCAUCUUCAUCUAUAAGUUUCACAUCUUCUCACUUAUCCAAUGCUCUUCCUCUUGUUACAACAAAUCAUCACGCAGCUGCUAAUCUUGAAGCUGUGAGUUUAAUCAAGCUCAGCUCUAACUUGGAGCAGCUUCUCACUAACCCUGAUUGUGAUUAUACUGACGCAGAGAUCAUCAUUGAAGAAGAAGCUAACCCUGUGAGUGUUCAUAGAUGCCUUUUAGCUGCUAGGAGCAAGUUUUUUCUUGAUCUGUUCAAGAAAGAUAAAGAGAGUAGUGGAAAGAGUGAGAAGAAACCAAAGUAUCAGAUGAAAGAUCUGUUGCCUUAUGGAAAUGUGGGACGCGAGGCGUUUCUGCAUUUCUUGAACUAUAUCUAUACCGGGAGGUUGAAGUCUUUUCCUGUCGAGGUUUCCACUUGUGUUGAUACAGUUUGUGCUCAUGAUUCUUGUAAACCCGCCAUUGAUUUUGCUGUUGAGUUGAUGUAUGCUUCGUAUGUGUUUCAAAUGCCAGAGCUGGUUUCAUCGUUGCAGCGGAGGCUUUGUAACUAUGUUGAGAAGUCACUAGUCGAGAAUGUUAUUCCGAUUCUCUUCGUUGCGUUUCAUUGUGAUUUGACUCAGCUUCUUGAUCAAUGCAUAGAGAGAGUGGCGAGAUCAGAUUUAGAUAGAUUCUGUAUCGAAAAGGAGCUUCCUUCCGAAGUAUCAGAAAAGAUCAAACAGCUUCGACUUAAGUCCAUGAACGUCUCCGAGGUGGCGGAUAAAUCGCUAGAGAGAACCGGGAAAGUACUCAAGGCAUUAGAUUCAGAUGAUUUGGAACUCGUGAAGCUUCUUUUGACUGAGUCAGAUAUAACUCUAGACCAAGCUAAUGGUCUGCAUUACGCAGUGGCUUACAGUGAUCCGAAAGUUGUGACCGAGGUUCUUGAUCUAAACAUGGCUGAUGUGAAUUUCAGAAAUUCCCGGGGGUAUACGGUUCUUCAUUUUGCUGCUAUGCGUAGAGAGCCAACAAUUAUCAUAUCACUUAUUCAAAAAGGAGCUAAUGCUUCGGAUUUCACGUUUGAUGGACGCAGUGCUGUUAAUAUAUGUAGGAGACUCACUAUGCCAAAAGAUUAUCAUACCAAAAACUCAAGGAAAGAACCUAGUAAAGACCGCUUAUGCAUCGAUAUCUUGGAAAGGGAAAUUAGAAGGAAUCCGUUGGUUAGUGGGGAUACACCUACUUGUUCCCAUUCGAUGCCCGAGGAUCUCCAAAUGAGGUUGUUAUAUUUAGAAAAGCGAGUGGGACUUGCUCAGUUGUUCUUCCCAGCAGAAGCUGAUGUGGCUAUGGACUUUGCUAAUGUUGAAGGGACAAGCGAGUGCACAGGUCUUGUUUUUCCACCUCCAUCAAAUGUUACAACUGGAAACUUGGGUCAAGUUGAUUUAAAUGAAACGCCUUAUGUCCAAACGAAAAGAAUGCUUACACGUAUGGAAGCACUCAUGAAAACAGUUGAGACAGGACGGAGGUAUUUCCCAUCUUGUUCUGAGGUUCUGGAUAAGUACAUGGAAGAGUAUAUGGACGAAGACAUCCCAGAUAUGUCGCAUCCGGAGAAAGGCUCUGUGAAAGAGAGAAGACAGAAGAGGAUGAGAUAUAACGAGCUGAAGAACGAUGUCAAAAAAGCGUAUAGCAAAGACAAGAUUGCGCGGUCUUGUCUAUCUGAUUCAUCACCAGAUUCUUCUCUUAGAGAGAUAAUGAAUAGUCGCGAAGGCCUCUACGUGGCUGAUGACGACGACGAUGAUGAUGAUGAUGAUGAUGAUGAUGAUGAUGAUGAUGAUGAAGAAGAUGAAAGUGAAGAUCUCGAAGACUUAAGACGCGCCUGUACUGUCUCCGAUGCCAAAGGGACGCCAUUGAAUUCGGAGAACGAUGAAGACGAUGACUUGGACAUCUUAGGAGAAUUAAGAACCAAUUAGCUCCACGGGUUGUUUAGCAGUGCCCUUGGAUGAUUUGGAGAGUGAAGACGAAGACUUCGAGAUGAUUCGGAGCAUUAAAAGAGAAUUGGUGUCCAUGGACGAAGACGAAGAUGGUGCAUUUGAAGCCCUUGGCGUUAUUCGUAAGCGAUUCUCUGCUUAUGCAAAUUCCGAUGUGGAAGGAAAUUUCAUGAAUGAUUCAACCCUGAAGAAGAAUUAGCAGGGUCAUGCCUCGGAUAAUGAACCUUCAACCGAAAUAUUGAGUAGAUCUAAUACUUGUGAAAAGCUUUCCAGAUCAGGGGAAAUCAGUUGUCACAGUGCCAGAUUCAGAUACUUCCGUUGAGCCUCUUGACCAUUUGGUGCAGACAUGCCAAUCUGAAAGCUCAAGUUUCCCUGAAGCUGCAAAAGCCUUUGUUGAUGCAAUCCGGACGAACAGGUCAUACCAGAGCCUUCUUCGAAGAAAACUGAGUAAAAUAGAAGCAACAAUUGAGCAGAACGAAAAACACAGGAGAAAUGUUAAGAUAGUUAAAAAGAUUUUCAAACCUU